AUGCCUCGUCCGCGGGUCAAGGACGAAGACCGCAAGCGCGUAGCCCGGGCAUGCGACACCUGCAAACGCCGCAAGGAGAAAUGCGACGGCCAGCACCCAUGCCUGUUGUGCAAGCGCCGCGGGCGUGAACCAGAAUGCGUCUUCACCGAAGGGUAUUCGAAGCGCGGCUCCGGCGUGGGGGCCGCUGGGCCGCGUCGCCAUGACAGUACCGGCAGUCUCGCGUCGUCGUCGACGCAGACCAUGACGCUGAAGGGAUCAGAUGCGCUGGACGAGCCGCACUCCAACGACGCCGAGAUCGCCAUCGAGUCGCUCCUAACGCUGUCCGGGUCAGGGACCAGGAGCGCCCCGAAGUCGCCGCGAGAAGACGGCACCGAGCACGACGACGUGUCCUCGAAGGCGCCGGUGCCCAAGCUGGCGCGCCUGCUGCGUGAUGGGCGCGGCAAGUUCCUCUUCGUCGGCGACUCCAGCAACCUGGCCUUUGUGCAGAACAUCCGUCGGCUGGUCAAGAGCGAGAUUGGCGACUGUCCGCUGACCUCGGACCCCUUGCGCCACGCCAUGUGCGAGGUCAUCCCGCCGCGCAAACCCCCGACGCCGUUGCAGUCUCAACACCCCAAACCAACGCAGGCUGAUGCCCAGGAUCUGAUCAAACAUUAUCUCCUGGCGUCGAGCGGCGUUAUUGAUCUGUUUGAUCCCGAUGAUAUUACCGAGCAUCUUUGUGCGUGGACCAACGAUCCUACGGCCGAAACGGAUUUCAACAGUUCCAUCUACUACCUGGUCAUGGCCAUCGGCGCGCUCACCCGCGGCGCCAACGACGCGGACUUGGAUCAAGCCGAAUUCUAUUUCCAGCGUGGUCGCGAGAUCGGAGUUAACAGUUUUCUGGAAGACCCGAGUGUCUUGACCAUUCAGGCUUAUGCUCUCAUCACCUUCUACAUGCUGUCUGCCGUACGACGGAACGGCGCCUUCAUGCUACUGGGCAUUGCCGUUCGCGCGGCAUAUGCGCUGGGUCUGCACAGAAGCGAUAUAUCUAAAUUGUUCGAGCCGCGGGAAAGGCUCGCUAGGGAGAGAGUAUGGAAAAGUCUGCGCGUGCUGGAUCUGUAUAUGAGUGGAUCUCUCGGCCGGCCCCCUGCCACCUCGGAAGUCGAUGGUGGGAGUGUCUCGUGGAAUCGUGAGACUAGAGACUAUGAAGAUAUCCAGAUGAACGGCCGGACCACUUCGGCGACCUUGAGAAUCUGUUUCAUCUUCGAAAGGAUCCUGAAUGAAGUCUACUGUCGGCGAGAAGUCUCCGUUCAGCUCGUGGAGAGCAUCUCUCGCCAGUAUCGCGACUGGACCGCUCAACUCCCAGCCGGAUUGCAGGCUGAUAGUCUAGACCAGAAGGUGGGCUCGACGGCGCCGACACUGCGACAGACUAUUGGCAUCGCGAACCUCAAAAGUGCGUAUUACUGGUCCAUCAUCCUUCUGACCAGGCCGUUCCUCAUCUUCAAGGUAUCCUCGGGGAUCAGGGGUCGGCCGGAGGAUGAGGACAGCGCCGGCAGUUCAGUCACCAUGACUCUUAGUGAAGCUUGCAUCGAUGCGGCAUUGAGAAGCAUCGAAAUCGCUACUGACCUGGUGCACACGCCCGGGGUUCCCAAAAGACAGUUCAUGGUCACUAAUAGUGUCUUUAUUUCCGCCAUGGUGAUUGGCUUUGCCAUCUUUGGCGACUUUGACAAGUCCUUUCCCUUGCUGAGCAGUAUUGCCCAGGCCGAAUCUAUAUUGACCAUCAUGGGAAAGGAUGAUUUGUCGGCGCGCCGACACGACACAAUCACCCGACAUCUGCAUCUGGCCGCCAUCGAACACAUCAGAAGACGUGAGCAGAAGCAGAUGCAAAGGAGAAGACAAGAUAUUCUUAACAUCUUUGGCGAUCCAAUCAAUAAAGGCGAUGGUGCGAAGUCCACCAGACCGAGCACCGGCAAUCAGACACCCACUGGAACCUCGAUGUCCGGAUUGCAGACUAACGGAGGGGCAAACUUUAACUCGUCCGAGCCCGGGGAUGAUGCAGCUCCGCCAUGGCAGCUGCGCUUUGAGAUGCCGCUUGAAAGUCGCGGCCCGGUGCUCACAACAUCAGGAGCAUUGGCCUACACUAGCGAAGAUUCGGGCGAGCCGCCUAUCCCACCCUUGCUGCGACAUGAUAUGGGACGGGUGCCAGACAAUGACUAUCUGUCGCCGGAGGGGUCGGGCAUUCCAAGUCUGCCGUCAUAUGCCGAAGAGUUUCCACUGUUCUCGUUGAUGACCGAAUUUGAUCAGUUGCAGGAUCCCUUUCAGAUGGUGGGGACCUGA